AUCUCCCAAACCUAAGCGAUUACCGUCCAUAAAGUUAUAUAUGGCUUGUUUGGCCUCACAGAUGGCUUCAGUGCUAUUGGGGUGUGCUAUAGGCUGGAGCGGAUCAGCGCUGGCAGACAUGGGCCGCAGUGACAGUCGACCCUAUCUGACCAAUAGUGCAGAGCAUAUGGAUAUUAAGUCAUGGAUUGGUUCGAGUAUGACAUUGGGUGCCCUUUUUGGGGGUAUUAUUGGA